AUGCUUAAUCGUGAAAAUUGGUCUACUGAACGUAGCGGAAAUUCAUGCAGACUUUCAAAUAAAAACCGAACAGAUCAAUUGAGUUCUGGUGCUUUUGAAAAUGGAUUCCUAACGAAGGAUAAAAAUAACCAGAGAUCACUGUUAUGCAAGGACUUGUUCAUCUAUGAGUGGCGAAAGAAGUGUCUCUACUCAUUAUUACUAGGACUGAUAGUAAUGGUCAUAUUGAACCUAAGUUUAACGAUGUGGCUUUUUAAUGUUAUGGAAUUCAGUUCGGAAGGGAUUGGUGCAAUGCGAAUAAUGAAAAGAGGAGUUGAACUCAGAGGUCAAGCAGCUGUUCUGGACAAUCUUAUUGCAUCAACAAUUAGUUCAAGAAAUGGAAGAAACCUUAUGCUAGAGUCAUGGAGUAAUUUUACGGCCACUACUCGAGCUGCAAACGGUCAUAUUUCAGCGCGGCUUACUUUGAAUGAAAAACAAGUUGAUUUGAUAACGAAAUCCUUUGAAAUUGCAAGUCUUGACGGUGAAACAUUAUUUUCAGCAGAUCGAGACGUUGUUGGUGCCACAUUAUUAAAAGUAACAGGAGUUGGUGGUGCAACUUUUCAUGGAAGCUUAGAGACUUCACUUGUGCGAUCUGAGUCUGGAUUAGGUCUAAGGUUAGAAUCAUCAACAAGAGCAUUAGAGGUUCGCGCUUCGGAACGUGUUGUUGUCGAAUCCAGAGCUGGAGAAAUAUUGACUAAUUCAUUAUUGGAUUUGACACUACAGAGUGUUGAAGGUGCUGUCAAGUUGGAUGCGAAGAUUAUCAUUUUAAAAGGACUAACAAUACAAAUAAAAUUUACUCAUGAUGAUCAACGACAGCAUUAUCAAUCAAUACCCAAUCGUUCUAUAACAAAUGAAGAAAAAUUAAGCGUUUAUCAAUUAUGUGCAUGUGCAAAUGGCAAGCUCUUUUUAGCAAGACCAGACGGAAUAUGUCAAGCAGAUAAUACAAUAUGUUAUUAAUUUGAAAAAUUAUGAGUAUCCUACAGUUACAUAUGUUACAUCCUAAUAAAGUGAAAUAUUAUUCAAAAAAAAAUGUUUUUAUCAAAAUAUAUUCCCAACAAUCCCUGUCAUAUUUCAUUUUCUUCUAUAUCAAUAUGAGCCACUUCUUGAGUAUCUGUUAUAUUCAAGAGUAACGUUCAAGUU